UUGAAACAAAAAAAUCCGGAGCCGGAGCUGCACGAAUCCACAAAUUUACUUUCUGGUGUAAUCCGGAUCCAGACCCGGGUUCGUCGCCGGAAACAAGUUUUGUCGUUUCUGGGUAUAAAUUUAGCAAGCAGAGGGGGUUUGAUAUUGUUGUUCUUGCAAGAGUCGAUAUUCUCCUGGAAAAUUCGAGGGGUAUUACUUGAAGAUUUUUGGGAUUUUUGUCAUUUUUCAAAGCUGCAAUCAGUCUGAAAUGAAUUAAACUAUUUCAUAUGCAUUAAGGUAUUAAAAGGGGACAGCUAAGAGAGACCCAGCAGAGAAGCAGCUGCAGAAGAACACACAGGUUGGGUUGGGAGUUGUGAGUAGAGGGUGAAAAGGUAAUUCAAGGAAAGAGAACAUGUUUACGUGCAUAGCUUGUACGAAGCAAGUGGCAGAGGACGGAGGAGAAGAAGAUGGAGGUAAGCGUGGCACUGACACUCCCAGGACUAAAGAAGCCGUCAAAAGCCUCACCACUCAGAUUAAAGAUAUGGCAUUGAAGUUCAAGCCCUGCGCAGGCUCCAGCAGCUACAAGAAAGGGCAUCGACCUUACCCCGAUUUCGAUGCAGCUUCAGAGGGGGUUCCUUACAGCUCAAGCUCAACUCCUGCUUGGGAUUUUACAAGUGGAAGUCACUACCCAGGUGCAAGAUUUGACCCGAGAUUUACUGGAUCAUAUGGUGGUGACCGAACCCCUGGCGGAAGAGAGUCAUGUGAUGUUGUACUAGAGGAUGAGGAUGAGCCUAAGGAGUGGAUGGCACAAGUCGAACCAGGCGUUCACAUUACCUUUGUAUCUCUUCCUCAAGGAGGCAAUGAUUUAAAACGAAUUCGUUUCAGCCGGGAUAUGUUUAAUAAGUUGCAAGCGCAACGAUGGUGGGGAGAGAAUUAUGACAGAAUUAUGGAGCUCUACAAUGUCCAAAGAUUUAAUCGACAAGCUUUUAACGCUCAGUCAGAGGAUGAGCCGAGAGAUUCUUGUUACUCGAGACUAGGAUCAACGAGAGACAGCCCGAUGGCUUCAUCGUUAAACAAAGAGUGGACGCCAAGGAACCACUAUAAACCCAGUGGAAGUAGAGGGUACUUCCCGUCUGAUCAUCUAGAUCAAGGAGGUGGAGGCCACCACUACAAUGCUGGAACAAGUGCUUAUGCUUCUGGUGGUCCAAGAGGAGAGUGUUCUAUGGAAGCUUCAAGGACAACAACGUCAUCAAGAGACGAGGCCUCGGUCUCUGUAAGCAAUGCCAGUGAGGUGGAGUCGGAAUGGGUGGAGGAAGAUGAGCCUGGAGUGUACAUCACCAUUCGACAAUUAAUGGACGGCACUAGGGAACUCCGGCGGGUCAGGUUCAGCCGAGAGAAGUUCGGGGAGGUGAAUGCAAAACGGUGGUGGGAAGAUAAUAGAGAAAGAAUACAAGCUCAAUACCUUUAGAUAUACGAUCGCCCUUUACACAACCUACUCUAUUGGAGGUUAAAAGAAUUCAGUGAGGGCAGCGUUGGAUGUGUUCUUCAUAUAGACUCUCCUCCAGUUUUGUUUCAUUGAGAUAAAGUCCGUACGGAAAACAUAAGCUAGAACACAUCCCCAACAUUCAUCACUAGUUUUUAUAGAAAUUCAUUAUUUCAUUGAAGAGUGCGAAUCAUGUAAGAACAGUAUCAUUCUAUUGGAUUCUUUCUAAGGCCAACCCACUUACUUCUUCAAA